AUGGUGAAAGUGCGUCCUGAAGACUUAGACUGUGCAGAGAUGGGAGCCAUUGGUUGGAUACUCUCAGUGUUAGCAACAGCAGCAGCGGAUACAGACACAGCUGACACCAAAACCACGCAUUUACCACCAUCCCAAUCUCACUUGAGCAUUCCCUUGUACCAUAGGGACAUGCUUGCCAUAAAAAAGAAUAAUUUGGAUUACAAAACCCUUGUCAAUUCAUACGAAGGGAGCUUGUUCCACACCAGUGUCUACAACCAGUUGGGAGGAAUAAGUACUAAUAAUAGUACUACUGCAGAGGAGCAGUGCAGGUAUCAUUAUAGUUAUGCAGAUGGAGAAACCACCGAUGGUAGAAUGAUCAAAGAGAAGUUAACAUUCAUCAUGGACCAAGAAGCUGUGGAGAAUAUAGUCAUGGGAUGCUCUGAUUCCUUCGGAGGAAACUACAGCGGCAAAUACGCUGGCAUACUUGGUCUUAACCAUGGAAUCAGUAUCAACAACAUCUUGUUGCCCAUCCCUUCAAGUUAUUGGCAUCGCAGCAGCAGCUCUGGCAAUGGCGAUGAUAAUGGUGUCUUAAUCGAUUCAGGAUCCAGUUUAACUUGGUUUCCCAAAGAAGUAUAUACAAUUUUCCGAGAUAGUUUCGCGAAAUUCACCUCAAAGGCCCUGUACCAGUUGGAGCACCCCGCUGGAAUCCCAGUGACAUUUGACAUCUGUUUCCGAAGACACCCUUUUGAGGGUACUACUGAUAUUGAUUUCCAUUCCCCCAUUGUCAAGUUUCAUUUCAUCUCCAAUUCCAUGUUCACUGCCUCUUCCAUCACAUUAACCACAUCCCAACUUUUCCUUGACAUGGACAACAACACAUAUUGUCUUGCGUUUGCUUCUAGUUCUUACAAUUUUACUAUCAUUGGCAGCCACCAGCUCCAGGGAACGCGCCUAACUUUCGACCUUUAUCACAACAAUCUCAUACUCUCACCCAACGAUUGUUCUUAG